AUGACAAAGCGACGGAAGCAGGUGUUACGAGCGUCUGCAACAUCAUUUGAGUCUGUUGUCCACGGGUGGGAGUGGGCGCAUGCCUCUCUUUGGAGCGAAGGCAACAAAUGUGGAGUUCGGAUGGCAGACACGAUUAUUCUGUACCACAACGCUGAAACUGGUCACAUCGACUCGUACUUGUGGUUAUUCACGGGGAAAAGUGGCACAAUCUCCCGCAAACGAAUGUCCAAGGAUGGCUCGUUGCCUGUAGCCAAGAUUUGCGAGAGAUUUUUGCAAUUAUCAGGUCGUUCAAGUGAAAAACAUGUGGAUUCCAUCGCUGUCGUGAAUUUCAUGGAUGGUACACGAAAAGUUGUGGGAAUCGACGAGUUUGAGGAGAUUUUGCACGCUCUGGAUGGCAAACGAGGUGUUUCGUCAUUUAUCAAGAAAGUUGAGGGUCUACAAGCAUAUAUUCCCUCCAUUGGUGACGAGAGUCAUAUUCAAGUGGAAUUUGAAAUUUCACGAGAUGGAUCUGCUGUGCCAAACGUCAUAAUUGAGCGAAGAGCGGGGUAUAUCAACGAUUCGACCAAACCUGCACCACUUCAGCUAUCGAGCAGUAUUAGCAAAGACGUGGAGAAAAUAACAGCCGAAGUGGUAAGUUAUUUAUCGAAAACCGCAGACGCUCAAAUUCUUGGCACUACGCUUGAAUUCGUGUGUCACAGUAACCAGACCGUGUGGUUAACGCACAUUUCGCAAGUCGAGCUCCAGCAGAAUCCCGAAAAAAUGACCGGACAAUUGUUACAGAAGAAAUCGUCAUUGCCAAAUCUCCAAUCAAAUGUCAUGGUUAAACCCGAAAUUUCUGCAAAAUGCCGCGGUGAAUUUUGUCUGAAUUCUAUAGUGUCACUACCUGGUCUCGCUCGAUUGGUUAACAUGCUGCGGGAUAAUGACAAUAACGUCGACAACGAUAUCGAUCAAGUGGUUCUGGAAGAUAAUGGGCAGAGAUUCAAGAUGGGCAAUAACAAUCUCCUUCUUGCGCACGCUGAACUUGAUUUUCUCAAAGAAACUUCUAAUUUCUCUUCUCAACUGGACGAUAACGCGUUGGCUUUGCAAUGGCAAGAAGCUGACAACGUGUUUCGUAUGGAACUUGGACGUUCGAACCCGACCCAGUUCUACAAGCAAGUGCCUGUAUGUUCCAAUUGUCAUCGAAUCUAUUCUGAACUCAACAAAAUCCGCGACACAGGCUUCCAAGUCCCUCAACAAAAAUCUGUCAACAUUGUUUCUAACCACGAUCAGACCGAGUCCAAUGGUGAGGAAUCACACGAUCCUUACGAGAAAAUGUUCUAUGAGGAGCUUGCGAAGCAGUCAGCAGCUAUCGAAGAGGAUAACAAGAAGAGAGUCUCGAAUGGACCUGAACUAGAUACAGAUCGACCUUCGAGCAGUUCAAGCUCAAGAGAACUCUCCGUUCUUCCUGCUCUUCAAUCAACCUCAAAACUCAAGAAAAAAACCAAUACAAUCGGGGUUUCAACGAGUAAUCAACAAUCGACGGAUCUUCUCAACGACGGACCGUUAGCCGAAAGAGUGACUGUCUUGGAGGCGGAAUUAUCACAAACCAAGCAAAAAUUAGCGGGUGUUGAAGCAAGAAAACAAAAAUUGGAGCAGGAAAUUCUGCAAACUCGAGCGCAGUGUACGACAAUGUUACGUGAAAAAGACGAUCAAACUCGAAAACAAUUACUGGAGUUAGAGUACAAUUUCCACUCGAAGCAAAGUCAAGUAAAACAUACCAGUGACAGCAGCGCAGGCGAUGAAAUCACGCGUUUAAUCGAGACAAUCGACUCGUUGAAUCUCCAACUGGACCAAUCAAAUAGAGACAAGGAACACGUGAAAAAACAACUCGUGCAAUCCCAACAACUAGAGCUCAAGAAACUUCACGAAAAAUAUCAACUUGACAUCGAAACUUUACGACUAAGUGAGCAUUCGGCCAAAGAACAAGUUGAAAGUUACCAGAUGCAAAUGUUGAGUCUCCAAAGUCAAGCGCAAGUGGCCACAACGCAGGCAAAAAACGCCAAAGCUUCUCUUGAUGAUUUAAUGAAGAAUAAAGUUCUCGUUUUGGAAGAGAAGAACCAACGUUUAGAGCGUCAAAUAGCCGCUUUGAAGCUCCAACAACGUAAUCAAGGACAAGCAUCAGGACCUGUAACAUUGGUAGCAUCGUCUUCUAUCGCAAAACAAGACGUGGAGGCGUUGGAGAAGCAUCUGAACAACAAGAUCGAGUACUUAAAAGCUCAACUUUCGUCCGAGAUGAAGUGCAAAGAAGAACUGGGUGCACAUCUCGCUCAGAUCACUAACGCUAUGGAACAAAUGAAGGUCGAUAAGCGUCAAGCUUUAGCGGAACAAGAAGAAGUUUUCAAGAAACAGACGGAGCGAAUUGAGACUGCUUUUUCUCAAGAAAAAGAGCUUUUGAACACGCAACAAGCAGCUUUACAGGGCAAAGUAGUGACGUUGCAGGCGAAUGUUACAGAUCUGGUUCAAGAGCUGACCAUGUGGAAAAGUAGAGAAGCCAACGCCAAGCUUGCGAUGGAGAAAAUGGUCGAAGAGAACGUUCGAUUGACUCGGCAACUCGUCGACGCUGAGAGUCAAGUAGAAACGCUUCAAGAAGAACGUAAACAAGACGCUGCAAAAGUUGGAACAAUGAGUGUAACAAACGCCAGUGAAGAGACCAAGCGGGUGCAAAUGGAGGCUUUGUUACGUCGUCUUGACAAUGAACGGCAGUAUUUAAAGAGUCAACUGGAAGAUCAGCAAGAAAUGAAGGAGAAAAGUCAAAAACAAGUCACAGAUCUGCAGUAUGAGAUGCAGGAACUUAAAGAUACGAUGGAAGACGCUUUAAGAGCUAGCGAGCAGAAAAUCAGUGCGUUACUGACUGAAAAACGCGCCCAAGAGCAGGAAUAUCGAGGAUCUAUCGAGUGUCUCGAGGAAGGGAAAAAGUUACUAACUCGACAGUUAAAAGAGGUUCAAACCAAGUUCGCAGAGGCCCGAGAGCAGUCGCUACUUGAACGUGAUGAGAUUGACAAGUCUAGGAUUGAAGUGAGUGAAAUGAGGGCGCAAUUGCUGGCAGCAAAGGAAGACAAUGUGAAAGAGCAACAUUACGCUAAAAGUGCGAGUGAGAGAAUGUCGAAAUCUUUGGCUGCAGUGAAAAAUUCGCUGAAAGUUAUGGAGGAAGAAAAGAAUAUGUUGAUCAGGCGUCUAGAAGAGGAGAAUGCGCUGUACAUGGGUAAGCUGGCGACGGUCCAAGGCGAGAUGUUGGUGCUGGAAGAGAAACUGGAGAAGGAGAAAAUUCGCGCUAAGAAGGAGAACAUUUCGACAAAUUUUGCAUUAGUGAUUAGUGAGAAAUUUGCGAUAUGGAAGCUACGAGUUCAAUUUCGAGCUUUUUCUCAGGUGAAGUUACACGCCAGUGUAGAGCGUUUACAAGCGAAUCAAGAGCGAAGAAGAGCUGAAGAGCUGGGGAGACUGGAGGAGCGAUUGCGCGAUGAUUACAUGGCAAAAUGUGACGAAAUGACGCAGACACUUCAUGAUGAACGUCUUGAAGCCAUUCGAAGGAUAAAAGAGGAGCACGAUAAAGAUCGAGAGGAGCUGAAUGAGUUCUACAUACAAGAGAAGUCUCAACUGCAAGAAGAUCUAACAGCAGUCCAUACAGCCCAAAUGCAGCAGAUGAAGGAGAAGUUCGAAACCCUCUCAAAAUCGAUUGAAUCAGACGCACAAAACACCAUUCAAGAGCUUCAAACCGAGAAUGACAAGCUCCAACAGAGGAAUACGCAAUUAUCUGAGGAGUUAGCAGAGAUGACACAAAAGUGUAAAGUGAUGGCGAGUACUUUUGAAGACGAACUUGGUGCAUUGAAAGUGGAUUGGGAGAGUAAACAAGAAAAUUGGAAAGCAGAACAAGAAGUUCUUCAUGCAACAAUUCAAGCACAACGCGAACAGUUUGACGAUAACUUGAGCUCGGAAAGGAGUAAUCUUGAGCUGGAUUAUCUACAUGAGCUGGAAAUUAUACAGUCAAACCACGAAGCGGAUCUAACUGAGCGUUCCAAAGAAUUUACUGCUCAACUUAUGAUGAAUUCUGAAGAAAUUAGUCAGCGAUAUGCGGAAUUUCAUGCGGCCACGAUCUCUAUGAUGAUAAUUAAGCAUCGUAAUGACAUGGAGAAGGAGAUUAGCGAGGUGACUCAGCGUUGGCAGAGCGAAAUGGAUACACGUCGUGAAGAACAGGAAAAAGCUCUUCAAGACGCAGUGGUGCAAGCUGAUCUCAAGGCAAAUCAACGACUGAUAUCGAUGCAGAAGGAUAUGAACGAGCGUAAAGGUACCGCUGUUGUUAAGUGUACAUCCAAGUGGCAACGAGCGAUGGAGGAGCUCCAGGAACGGCAGGAAAUGGAAAGAAAGAUGGCGUACAAUGAAGGUCUUCAAGAUCGAGAGAAAGAAUGGCAACAAGCAGCAGUGCAAAUCAAGGAGCGACAGCGUGAAGAACUUGAUAAAGUUCAGCAAGAGGCAGUGGCAGCGAUUCGAGCGGCGGAAGAGCGGCAUGAGAUGAAAUUUCAAGCUCAACUUGCUGAGUUGAAAAUUCAGUUAGAACAGCAACAUUCACAAGCGCUUCAGAAUAUUUCGGAGGAGAUCACAACACGUGAACGAGAGCGCGCUCAGGAGCAUUUCGAUGCUAAUGUUGAAGUGAUGGAACAAGAACUGACUGCUAAGUGGACGGAGCAACUUGAACAGCAAAAAUUGGAGUUUGAACGGAAAUUUGACGAAGAAAAAUCACGCUUAACUGCAAAAUUUGUCGAGGAAAAAGAGGCUGUGAUUCAAGAACUACGUGAAGCCCACGAAGAACAGCGUGUGCAGUUGGAUCAAGGUUGGAGUGAAAAACUGGAGGCUCUUGUUGCGAACACAGUAAAUUCUCAUGAAGAGCAACUUGAAUCACUUCAUGAAAAUCACCAUCGUGAAAAGGAAAAAUUGUCAGAUCAGCUCCAAUCGCAAUAUUCGCAACAGCUAGAGGAACAAUUGAGAGAUCAGGAAACCAGACUACUGCGUGAACAAGAAGACGCCAUCGCUCAAGUGCAAGAAGACUCAGAGAAAUUAAUUGAGCAAGUAGAGCGUGCGAUGACCGAGUUGAAGAAGCAAAAAGAGCACCUUGAGACUGAACUUGGGUCGCUUCGUUCUGCACUUGAAGAAGCUGAAGACGCUCAAUUUGACGCUCAAGAAAGCUUCAAGAAACAGCAGAAACAGGCUGCAUUCCAUGUCAUUCACCUCGUUAUGUCUGCCAUGAGAAAAAUCAACGAAGAAGUUCAGGCAAGACAAAUGUCACGAAACGAGAUGGAAAUCCAAGUUAAUCGGAUGAAAUCCGAAAUUUCUGAUGAAAAAUCGCGCUGGGAAGAGCUCAUGAGCAAAAUCCGUGAAGCUUGGGCACAAGUGCAAGUUCAACACGGUGAGAUGACUCAAACAUUGACGAAUUAUAAACGUGACGAAUUGGUCGCUCACCGGAGCUCCAGUGCUGUGUUAUCCAACGAAAUUUCGAUUGUCAUGAAACAAUUGGAAGAAGUGGAAGAGAUGAAAAUCACAUUAGAGCGGGAUGUGGAAUCUCUCCAAACCGAAGCGCAGACCAUCGAAGCUUCACUCCGAGACCUUAUGCUGCAGUCCGGUAACAAUGCAACGCUGAAUAUGGCGGUGGUAGCCAAGAAACGCCGACUGAACGAAGAGUUUGAAGCUCUUCUGGAACGAAUUGAGAAAAAGAAGGUGGAAAUUCGAAAUGUGGACCAAACGUUGUCGUCAUUACGAGCCAGACGAGAAGAGAAAGAGCACGAGAUGAGGGCCAUGGAACGCAAACUGGUUGAGAUCUUAGUGCAGCAGCAGAAACAAAUGUUGCUGCUUGUUUCUGCUGUACGAGAAGUGUCACUACCAACUACUGCCAGUUCAGAACAAUAA